AUGGAUUGGCAUCAGGACUUGGGCUUCACAGACCGAUUAAGAGCCAUUCAAUCUCUUACCACGGCAUAUCAGCAAGCAUCCUCCACAGCUGCUUUUGCCGAGGCUCAAGCUCAGGCCAGACAAUAUGAAAAUGAAGCUUACGAUCAAUCUACCUCAAAGGAAGAAUACGAUCAUAAAUGCCAGGAAGGAAUUGAUGCAGCAGAGACUAGAGCCACUACAACUCAUAGUUCAGGCUCCAACCAAGAUGUCGUCCUAAACUCUCAGUUGGAGAACCAGUCACCUGCUGAAUCGUCAACUGGUGAAAAAUUUGGUCAUUACACAGCCUGCUCUCCCCAUUUUGAUGGUCUACACUCCAGCAUCUACAAAGCUAAUGCAGAGGACGGAUCUGUGCGAGCAAUUAAAAUAACCGUCCCUCAUUUGAUGACAGCACCCCACGAUGCUAUCCGGGAAAUUCGACUGCUUCAUGAAGCAUCUCAUCCAAAUGUUGUCUGCUUGAUAGAGACAUUUAAGCUGGAUGAAGGGCGACUAGUGCUCGUUUUCCCAUUUUUCCGGUUCGAUUUUGAAAAACUUCUUCGGCGUGACUUGGUCACUGCCAACCAGACGCGUUCCAUAUUGAAAGACAUGUUCUCUGCGCUGGCUUAUAUACACAAAAUUGGGAUCAUCCAUCGAGAUAUCAAGCCCUCCAAUAUCCUCAUGGAUUCGCCUGAUGGGCCAGCAUAUUUGGCUGAUUUUGGGAUCUCCUGGAAGGAGGGCGAUCCUGGGUGCGAGAUUUCCAAUGAGAAAAUCACCGAUGUGGGAACGACUUGCUACCGCGCACCUGAGAUUUUAUUUGGAUAUCGGGGAUACGACACAACGUUAGAUCUCUGGGCAGCAGGAUGUGUGGUUGCGGAAGCCACCGUCGUCGGGCAUCGGUCCCUUUUUGAUUCCGGGCCCCUGGGUAGUGAUCUUUCACUGAUCCACUCUAUCUUCCAGAGGCUAGGCACUCCAGAUGAAAAUAGCUGGCCAGGUAUCCAUGUGCUGCCCGAUUGGGGCAAAGUAGAAUUCCACCCCUUCUCGGCGCAGUCCUGGGAUGAUAUCUUGCCCGGUGCAUCAUCUAAAGGCCGAGACCUAGUCCGCCAGAUGGUAUGUUAUGAGAGUAGUCAGCGACUCUCUGCUGAAGAGGCCCUCCAACACCCGUACUUCUCCACACCUUAA